UGUGCGCCUGUGGCAGCCGCGCCUCCACUGCAAGAAGCGAGGGGCUGCAGACGCUCGCGUGUAGCAGGCGCCUCUACCCGCUCCGGUCCAUUCGCUAAACGAGUGGGCGUACUCGCAGCACAGCGGCGUCCCGAGCCCGGGAUUACUCACCUUCCACCGACGUGACUAACGACCGUUACCAGUGUGUUUAGCUGCUAACGCCCUCACACAGGCUGCAGACACGUUUGAGAAUUCGAAUGCAUAUUUACAUAUCUAUAUCAGCGAAAAGAUAGAAAAGUUAUUUCGUCAGUCUUCUGUCGCGCUACAGAGUUUUCGAACUUUGUUGCCAGCAGCGGCAGUAUCGCAGUUCAAACGUUCGUCGACGGGUAAAGUUGCUGAAGAAUAUAUUACCGGCUACUCAGUAUUUCGCGAUUCACAAAAGUCGAUACAAUAGUAGGACAGAUAUAAGACACAAAAAGCUGCUGUCAGACAACACCAUCGGGUGAGAACGAGACUAGGAAAUUGACAAUAGAAAAGAUGAACUUUCAUCUGUAGAACAAACUCUGCUGUGGUACUCGUACAUACAGUUUCACUAACGGAACUGCUAACGCUAAACGGGUUGAAACCUACAAGCAGAAAGCCAUUGUAACAUCUCUAGGCUAGACGCUUCCAACUGUGGUUCUCAUAUCGCUGACGGACAGUAUUCCUGUUAUCUCUUCCACUGUUCUGGCGGAGUCUAACGUUCCUUAAACGCCCGUAUUUCCUUACGAAUAAUUCAUUUGAGAGUUUUGUUAACUGACACAUUGAACUCUUAGUACCGUCGUACUUUUAAGAGAGAAUUUGCUACGUCUCUUUCCCUCAGCUUCUUUUCUGGAAACUCAAACAAAUACGUCGCAGGUGGUCGAGUUUUUGUAGUCAUAAAUCUGUUCUACGUCUAGAUCGGGUAGGUUUUAUUAAACUAAUUCACGAGUUUAUUUACACUCUGAACUUAUCAAAUUUAUUUUAUUCAAGGCGAUUUACGUCAGAUCAUUCACACUGAUAUCCAGAACAGUUCUUGAAUCAUUAAUUGUAGUUCGAAUGUAAUUCACUUUUACGGCUGUGCAGAUCCUAUCUUGUUCGUUCAGGAAAACAUUUGAUGAACGAUAUUAGGUUUCAGUUUCCUAGCGUGAAACUGUAAUGCAUGAAUUCCAAUGUUUGAUAUUGUCUUUCUAAGCAAGUUGUAGCUCGUCCCGUUCUUAAGGACUGUCUUACAGCUCUAAUUAGCCAGUCACCACGGGGAUGUGCGGUGUCACAAUCUGCUUUCGAUAGUAGGAAUACGUGUGCAUUAAACUUCGCGUUUCACUGACUCUAGACAGAACAGAAAUUCCGUGGAGAGUCACUUUUCUUUUAGAAAACAAAAUGUGAAAACUGGUAUCCGCAUACCGAUGCCGUCGUGUGAAAAUCGUUGUUUACAAUGGCGAGUAAUGCAGUACGACGACGAUCGUAGCGUGUUUCUUGCCGGACUUCAUGUGAACGAGCCUGAACCGUAAACAUACCCAGUGGGACGCAGUGUGCCUGUCGAACGCGUUGUAACGGUGCUUAGGCCGGGGGAGAAAGUGCGGUUAGCGCGACAGUAAUAUUUCUGCAGGUGACUGCUCUGUGCUGUGAACAAGUCAUCAAAACUGUGAAUUCUUUAGCUAGACAUAGCUUUUCGCACGACUAGUGUCUGCAGUGAAGAUUUUCCACACGUGACGAAGUGAGGUAAGAGGGUUAGCCAGAGAGGAAUGUUACCUGGUACAGUGCGAUCGGAGUGGUGGUGUAAGAGUGAGACGGACAGAUAAGCAAGUGCGGCACGGUGGUCCAGAGUAGCAGGAGCUCGCCGGAGAUGGUGGUGGUCGCUGUGUUGGUGGCGAUGGUGGUGGCGGCUGUGGAGCAGUGCAGCGCGUCCGAGCCGCUAGUGGUGCGCGUCAACAAGUGCUGCCCUCUGCACCAGCAGCUGGCGAUAAACAUGACCGCCUGCCUCGACUACGAUUACGAGAAGUACGAGGUGGCGCGCACGGCUCGCUCUACACCCACGCCGUCGACGGCUGCGUCGUCGCCGCCGCCGCCACCGCGGCUGCCGUGGUGGGUGUCUGCGAAGCUGCGCGUGGUGAUGCCGUCUGGGCAGGAGGUGGGGGCGGCGGGGGUGGCGUGGCUCGCCAGCCCGGGGGCGGUGCCCGGCUGCCCCGCGCCCUGGCGCUCCCUGCUGAUGCAGCACCUGAACCAGUUCACCGUCACGCACGACGGCCGCAUGCUGCUGUACGACGCCGGAGACGAAGACGACGACGGCGUAGACGACGCGCCGCUGGAGCUGCCCGCCGGCGCCUUUUGCCUCGACAGGAUCAAGGUCCGACAGGACGGCGAGGGCCGGCUGGUGGCUCUGGCGUGCGAGUGCUCGUCGGCGUCGGCGUGGUGCUGGCGCAGCUGCUGCCCCUCGGGCUACAAGCUGGACGUGGCGGAGCUGGACCGCGUCCACCAGAACGUCGACUGCGUCAGCGACGCCUCGCCAGAGGCACCCAGGCCCUGGCUGCCCACGCUGCCCAACAUGCGCCGCCGGGAGGUCUACGGAUUCCCCAAGUGCGAGAAGGGUGAGCACAUCUCGGAGACGUACGAGGGGCAGUCGUGGCAGUUGCUGGCCAACGGCAGUGCGCUGGUAGGGGGCGUGGCUCUGGCGCAGCCCCUGGAGCGCUACUGCGCAGACGCGGCGGGCCACGGCGGCCGCGGUCAGCUGCUCUACUGCAGCGACAGGUCCGUCUCCUGGAAGCCCAACCGCCAGCGCGGCCUGCUCUACGGGCUGCUGUUCGGACUGGGCGCCAUCUUCCUGCUCGCCACCGUCCUCCUCUACAGCUGCCUGCCCGGCCUGCUGGCUCGGAUGCACGCUCGCGCCGUGGUGUGCCACGCUACCUCUCUGCUGGGAGCCUACGUGGCGCUCGCCGUGAUGCAGACGUGGCCCGACAUGCCGCCGCCAGCCUGCUCUGCCGCCGCAUUCAUUGUGCAGUAUUCCUUCCUGGCGGCGUUCUUCUGGCUCAACGUCAUGUGUCUGGACAUUUCCUGGGCCUUCAGUGGGCUGCGCUCGCUGCAGGGCGGCGCCUGGGACGGCGACCGCCGGCGCUUCUGGUGGUUCUCCGCCUACGCGUGGGGCGGCGCCGCCCUCGUGUGCGCGGCCACCGCUGCCGUCGAGUUCUCCGACUCCGUGCCCAAGGGCGCCAAGCUGAAGCCAGACUUCGGCGCCGUACGAUGUUGGUUCAGGGGGCGCGAGGCGACGCUGCUGUUCUUCUACGGGCCGGUGGCUGUGUUGCUGCUGGGGAACCUCUCCCUCUUCACCUACACCGCCGUCAAGAUCGUCUCUGCUCACAAGGAGACGCAGAUACUCAACAUGGUGGACGGGCGCCGCCGCGGCAAGUCCAGCGGACACAGCAUCUACCGCAAGGAACGCCAGAGGCUAGUGCUGUACACCAAGCUGUUUGGACUGAUGGGACUGACGUGGGUGAUGGAGAUCGUGUCGUGGGCUGUGGGCGGACCUGCCUACUACUGGUACCUGACGGACCUGGUGAACCUACUGCGGGCUGUCUUCCUAUUCUACCUGUUUUGCUGCAAGCGCAGCGUGCUUCGGCUGCUCAGGUCACGACUGCCCUCCUGGUGCCCGUGCUCACUGCCGCCAUCAGAGGGUCAUGGAGGCUCUGGAUCAGGCAGCAGCAAGAGCAAGACGGAGACGCGCAGCCGCAGCUUGACCUCGCAGCGCACCACCUCCUUCAAGCUGACGGAGCAGCAGAUCCUGCAGCUGACUCAGCAGGCCUUGCCUCAGCAACUGGACACUCAGCAGCCACCAGAACGGCAGCCGCAGCAGCCCAACGGCCACGCCACCAGCCCCCCAGACACCACUCCAAUUUGAGGCUACACCUCAGAUGGGCGUUUUGUGUGCUUCACAGCUGCUCACCUCCGUGCUGUUGCUUAUGAUGCCUGCCAGGCCGAGUGAUCAGGUGCAUCCCUGCAUCAAAACUUCAGUACCAGCGAACAACAGCUGCAUCUUGCAGCUGCCUUUGUGCCACUAUCUCUGAUGGGCAUCCUCCUGGUCACUUGCAUGCCUGCCAUUGCGGCCUAGGUUCGUGCUGUAGCUGUCACUGCCCACCAGGCUGAAGAAACCAAUCAGACGCCAUUCCAUCUUACCACUGGCGACGUUGACGAAGCAACAUCAGCGUGAAGAGAAGUUGACACGCGUGUGUUCCUCACUAACUGUAAUGACCACAUGGCAACAACACUGAAGACUGUGGAGCUCAGUAUUCUUGCGUGUGUAGCAUUUCGGUCCUGGUUGGAUUUGUGGUGUUGAUAGAAUUCUGGCUGUUUCGUUGACUUUUUCAGAGUGAUGAGGCGGCAACUUCUUUUAUAAAACCAGCUCCAUGAUAACCUUGACUAGUGCGUCCUUGUCCUAACACCUUCUGACGAACAACUGACUUUAUUCGUGCUCAGUGUUGUAGUUAAAUGCCAAAUAUAUUCUGUGAACGACAGGCUUUUAACCACGCCUGUCAGUGAUUUUGUCCCUCAUACACUCUAACGGGAAAGACUAAUUCAAGCUGUAUGGGAUAUUAGCUGUCGCUGUAUGACCUGUGGGAACAUUUUUUGAAGUGCAGCUGGAUGUGGAAAGUGUUUUCUUAUAUUAAUAAGGAAAUGACAACAUAUUAACUCCUUAUAAAACGGUUGGUUGUUCUCAGGUGUGAGACGCUGUUUUAAAAGAUAGGUGGAGUAUCUGCUGAGGUUUUGAUAAGUAACUGAAGCAGCUAGUUACCUUUCUUAUUAAAUACAAACGUUGUAACGACAGAGUAAUCUUUUGGCACGAGCCAGUGGAGUACACUUCCAUGUCUCGGAGAACAAUUUCGAAUACAUGACCGUUUCUGAAUCUGCAACUACCGGCGAAGUUACCACGAAAACAAUGAAGAACAAUGAAAACUUCAAAAUAAGUGAUGUACCUAGUGGAAAGUGACGAUUAUGACAUUUCAGACGUGAACGAAAGUUCAGAAUCGACCAGCAUGCAUUUUGAAAGAUUGGGUUUCAGCGUUUCCGCACUGCUAUGAGAAAUGUCAAUCACGCUUCGAUGAUAACAAUUGUAUCUGAGGGUGUUUCAAAACAUACAGCUUUGAUAUUUAAAGCUAAAUUUCACGACUGGUGAAAAGCUGUAAGCAACUGGCUACCCAAAAAAGAAAACGUGGAAUUUUGACACUGAGGAAAUGGAUGUUUGUAGACUCCACGCUGAUCAGUUUAUUUCACGCAGAACAUCCUGUUGACACCACACUGUUCAAGGGAUCCUUUCGCUGAAAAACUUCCUCGUAUACGUAAUUGGUCAGACAGGAAGACACACGCAGAACGGUAAGAAGUAAUUGUUCCUAGUGUCUUGGUUCCCAGCAUCCUUUACACGGAACGUUUCGGAGCAAUGGAACUAUUUAUUUCAGAGAACCUCCAGUGAACCAGUAAUAGGUCCAUAUCUCAGUGAAUUACGUGAACCAUGCAAAGUUGGGAAUAUGGUAUUAUUCAUACGUUGCCUCAACUAAAACAUACAUGUGUAAUGAGAUAUUGAAGACGUAGCGUAUUAUUAUAAAGGCAUCGCUCAAUACGUUCCAAUAUGUAUAUGAAUUAAUUUUUUGCCUUUGGGUAUCGCAAAUGCCAAUUUAUUUGAUAUAAAUGACAUGAUCUGUGCCUGAAUGGCAUGAGACCCGCCAGUUAUAUUUCGCAGAAUGGGACGGAAUGUCGUAGGACAAUUUUGAAUACAAGACCGUUUGUGAAUUUGCAACUAUCGGAGAAGUUACCACGGAAAAAAAUCAAGAACGAUGAACAAUACAAGUUAAGUGAUGAAAAGGAGAAUCUAUGGGGGACAGACUGUCAACGACAGCUAAUGCAUGUGGCAAUUUAUGUUUCCCGAAGUAGUUUAUUGAUAGUGAAUAAAAACUUAUACACGCAAGUGCACUGCAGUGAUCGUACUGUCAUAUUGAACCCAUUACUUGCAAAGGCCAGUUAAAACAAUGACACGAGACAGGUGUUCUUACUGAUAUCACCUGCAUGUUUUUUAGUUAUUUUACGUUACGACCAUCGAACAAUGAUACAACUAAGUUACAAAUAAAUGUGGAGAGGUUUUAAUCUUCUUGGAAAGACAUUUUUGGUAGUGCACAUAAUAUUGGGUUGCUGGGACAACCUUAAAAAACAAUUGAGGUAAUAAUAAAUUACGAUGGACUUCGUACAGAAGUGAUUUUUGCACUCAGCUCUUCGUCUUACACUAGUCAUUUGGACAACUGAUGUCUAAAAAAAAAAUGUUUAUUUCUCCAUUUAAGAACUACACAGUUCUGAUAGCUGUUUUUGAAAUAUUAGAGUCUCUUGAGGAUUGUUGUACCUUACCACAAUAAAGAUAUUCAACCUUUGUUGCACAUGUUU